ACAUAUUUACAUUAACAUAAAAAAAAUUUAUAACUUAUUCUUCAGAACUCGGACUUCCAUCUGUGGUUGCAUUCAUGUAAUGCUUCGAUUCGAGUUGGUACGAUGACUCUUGAGCUCGACGUCUUGCUAAGAGCCAAUCUUGGUUGCAAACCAGCCACCAACGAGGGAGCCAGCGUCCCUGUGGCUGCUACCAUACCGGUAAUUUCAGCCCCGGUGUUGCCUCUGGGUCUGAGCUCUGUCCCGACGGCCAGCGUGAUUAGUCCCUUCGUGACCCCCGUCUCUUCCGCUGGACCGAGGGUAACGUUCCCACCAAGCAUGGCUCAGUUCAUGAAUGACCCAGCCAACCUACAAGCCAUCCAGGGCUUUGGCCAGGUCAUGGCCAUGUGCCACCAGAACGGGGGGAUGCUUUUCCUCCCAGGUAUGUUCCCAUUCGCCCUUCCAGGCGCGGGGACCAUGCCUCUACAAGCUCCGAUGGCGGUGACGUCGUUCCAGACGCCGAUGCCGCAACCAUCACCUUUCCAGCCCCAGCUGGUUUGCACCAUGGCCCCGGUCAACUUGGCCAGUGCACUUAACGCUGCAGGGCCGUCGCGUCCCCCGCAAGCUACGGAUCCACAGGUCACCCCUGAUCGUCAUUGCGUCUCGAUUGAGAGCGAUGACGGCGAGUGGGACAUCUCGAGGGCCCACAAGAAGAAGAAAGGAAAAAACAUCCGACUAGCGACCUCCCGAAACUCCGCCUUCGAAAGGCUGGGGGAUAGGGAGGAAGGCCAAAGGAAGUCAGCCAAGCAGAGGCUGGGGCAGAGUGUUGCCCAUGUCAGCGCAUUCGCCCGGCUAGGCGAGGUGCGGGAGGCCGAGCCUGCCCGCACCCGGCGCUCCCGGUCUAACCGGCAGGAGCCAGCGAGGACGAGGGCCUCCCACCAGAAAGGGGAGGCAGAAAGCCAGCCCAGGUUACCGGUGGCAAACCGGUUAACCAUCCCAAACGACCGCGUCCAGCAGAUGGAGGCAAAGCUGGAAAGGCUGGAAAAGAAGGUCGGGGAGAAGAAUGACCGGGACAAACCCCUGGUAGGGUCCCCGUUCACCACAAGGGUCCAUCUGACACCUUUCCCGCGAAAGGUCAAGAUCGACGCCCCCAGAUUCACCGGGAAGGAAGAUCCGGAGAUCCACCUGGACUCCUUCAACCAGAGUGCGACCAUGAACGGUUGCACCGAUGAAGAAAAGUGCCUACUUUUCUUCCAGACCUUGCGGAGCCGAGCAACUGAAUGGUUCAAUAAGCUUCGCCCGGGAAGCAUUGACUCGUUCAGUGAUUUGGCCUCAAAAUUCAAGGCGAAGUUCCAGGAGAAUUGUACUAAGAGGAAGAAGUUCACCUAUCUUAGUACAGCCGGGCAGAGGGAGUCUGAGAACCUCACUCAGUUCCUUACCCAGUGGAAGGAAGAGGAGUUCUGCCGGAAACCCCCAGCCACGUACCAAGAGGCCUAUCAUACUGCAUGGGAGUUUGCUGAAGCUGAAGCCCAGCUCCGGGCAAAGAGAGAAGCUGAGCAUGGUCACAAGCCCAAGCCGGUGCAAGUCAAGAAGGAAGAAGCACCGGGACCUAGCCGGCCGAGGCACCACUAUGACCCGGUCAUCCGAGUGGUCAAUACAGAAGAAUGCCAAGAAGUCCGGAAAGCACCGGUCAUUCCUCCAGAAAACCCUACCGGUCAAAAAAUGGAUUUGCAAAGAACGAACGUUCAUCCAGGACCAAUUAAUAAUGAUGUACUAGUUCUAGGACCCGGCGAGCAUCGAUGUGAUAAAGUGUGGCAAGAUCGAGCGUUCGCGGAUGUUCUGUUGAAAUGCGUUAAGUAUUAUGGUAGCUUGCAUGAAGGGUUGGGGGUGGACCGUCAUAGACGUGUUACGGGGAUUCUGCGAGAGUACGGAUUUUACGGAGUGGAGAAGAUUUCUAAGUUACAGAUUGAUUGGGCUCUGAUUACUGCCUUAGUGGAUAGGUGGCGGCCAGAGACCCAUGCCUUUCAUCUUCCAUUCGGUGAGGUCGGCAUCACAUUACAGGAUGUUGAGGUUCUUCUUGGUCUCCCCGUGAAUGGCACUCCUGUGGUUGGUUCGGCGGAAAGGACGAAAGCUUACUGGGUGCAGCUCUGUGAGGAUAUGAUGGGUUUUAGGCCUGAUCUAGUAGACUUGACGAAGACGCAGAUCAAAAUGACUGCGAUUACAUUCAUUGGGCUCACUUACCAUAGCGUCGAGGUCGACUUUAUACAGCAUACGCGGGCUCUAAUGCUGAAGAUUAUGGGUGGAGCCUUAUUUUCCAGCACGACUGGUAAUAAAGUGAACUUAUUCCUGAUUGAGUUAUUAAUGGGUACGACACAGGAGGUGCGGAGUCGGGCCAUAGGCGUAGCUGUAUUGGCCUGCCUGUAUCGUAACUUGUGCAACGCGGCUCUUGCUAACACUGCACAGAUCGCAGGCCCACUGGUUUUACUACAAGUUUGGGCUUGGGAGCGCAUCCCGACGUGUAGACCACAGGGCAUGUUACUCCCUCACGACGUCGCGGGAGCGGCGUACGGUGCUAGAUGGGUAUGUUCUCAUCGAUGGACAGCGUCGUCUGCUCAUUCAAUUAGGCUAUACCGAGACCAGCUUGAUAGACUUCAGGAGAGCGAGUUCAUUUGGACACCUUAUCCAGAGUUGCAUGACUUGCACCCAGACUGCUAUGCCGGGAUAGGAGUGUGGCGAGCACAUGUUCCAUUGAUUUACACGUACAUGGUAGAGAUGCAUUACCCGGAUAGGUUCUCUCGUCAGUUUGGUGGACUCCAGGAUAUCCCUGAGGCAGUGGAACGGCUGAUUGGGAACCCAGAGCAUCGUGCUGAUUUUGUACCUGGAUACGUGCCGAUUAGUCCAGACAUACAUUGUUUGUUAUUCAGUAUGUUGGACAUUGCUCGAGUCUCAGAUGUUGAUCUUCUUGGCCCGGCUCCUGAUAUGUAUGCACUAGCGCAUGAUGUGCACAAGCGAGCAGUGCAGUCUAUCAGAGCCGCGGGGUAUGGCCAGAUGCUUUCGCAUCCAGCUGAAGCACCAAUGUAUGACCCGGUUGUAGUACCUCGACGACAUGAUAGACGUCGUGAUGCACCGGAUCAUGGCAUAUCAUUGCAUAACCGCGUCAAGAGGUCAGGCCCUCUUUCGCGGGCCCCUCCAGGAGCCUUCGGGAUCCAACGGGUUUCAUCUCGAGGGCUUGUACAUACUAGACUGGAGAGGAGGGAGCUAUGGGAUUCUAUUAGAUCACUUUUUCCUAGAUCUGAUCCUUGGAUUAUUGGCGGGGACUUUAAUAAAGUUGCAAGCAUAUCUGAGCAUAAAGGCCCUAUUUGUCCUGACAUAGGAAGCAUUGAGGAUUUCACUCAAACCAUUAGUGACCGUGAGUUGGUUUUCCCACCUUUUUUGGGGAACUCUUUCACUUGGUUUGGGAAGAGGGGUAGGGGAAAUGUGUGCAGAAGGUUGGAUAGGGUUUUGGUUAAUGAGGGUUGCAUGGAUUGGUUUCAAUCUCUGAAAAUUAGGCAUUUGGGAAGAGGGAAAUCUAACCAUAUGCCAAUCUUACUCAGACUUCAAAAUCUUCCAACAACCGGUCAAAAGCCUUUUAGGUUUUUAAAUGUUAGGCGCUCUCGUGCUACUUUCCAGGAGUUACUGCAAUCUUCUUGGGACAAAAGAUAUGAUGGAGGUGGAAUGAGGGGUAUGGCUGAUAAAUUGCACCAUCUUAAGAAGGGCCUUCUUAAAUGGAAUAAAGAAACAUUUGAAAAUAUUUUUGAGGAGAUGUCCAAAGCUGAAACCAGAGCUGAAAAGGCUGAGGCAGAUUUUGAUCUGGAUGAUUGUGAGGCUAACUUUAUGGAGUUUAAGCUUUCUAGGGCUCUUCUUCAACAGGCUCAUAAGAAGGAAGAGGCUUUUUGGACUCAAAAAGCCAAUAUUAAAUGGAUUUCCCAGGGUGAUGCUUCUACUUCUUUCUUUCAUGCUUUUGUUAAGGGCAGAAGGAAAAGACUUCACAUUUCAUCUUUGAAAACUUCAAAUGGUAUUACUUCCUCUCUAGAUGGCAUCUCCAGGGCAGCCAUUGAUCAAAUCCAGAAGCAUGACCCUUUUUGUAAACAGGAUAGACUUCUCUCUACCUCUCCUACCUCACACAGUGUUGUUGAAGUAACGGUAGAAGGUGGUAGGUUUGCAACAUUUUGGCUUCUCAUAUUCCACUUGUAUGUACAGAGUACCAUGGAGAAAAGCGGAAGAAGAAUAAAACUGAAGAUGGACCGGGUGACAAAGAUUCAAGCCACAAGAACUCGAGGUCCAGGGAACAACCAGUUCUGACCAGACCUCCAUGCCGCUGGAUCGGCUCUCGCCAUCCAUGUUCCCAACCAUUGCCAGAGAUCGAUUCUAACGAGGUCACCACCGGCACGUUUUUGAUUUGGGCAGCUGGCGAUGAUAUAUUAGGUAGUCUGGAUUCGGUACUGUACAUCAGUUGCGUUCUGUCCGAGGAGGGAAAGAGAAAACAAGGUUUGUGUCUGAGGAGAAAUUCACAGAUUUAGUUGCUGAAAACGCUCAAUUCAAUAAGGCUCUCAUGGCUCUCUUGUUGUGUUAGUUUUUUUGUUCUUAAGUAUGGUAUGAAAAGCAAAUCGAACCCUUAAGAAGAGGGUUUGAUUUAUCCCUUGUGCUUAUGCCUUCUUAAAAAUCAAUGGUCUGUUUUUAGAAAAGCAACUUCUAUUCUUUGGAAAGUUCAAUAUUCAAUUUAGGUGGUGGGCAAAUUAUGUGGGCAAAUUAUAGUCCCUAACAAAUAAUAGAUAGUUUUCUAGAAUUUUUUACUAUAAUAUGCAUCCCUUGUUUCAAGGUAUACAUGUUUUUUAGGGGCUUUUAUUCCAACCUACUCAUUAAAAAUAAUAGGAAUGCUUAUUGAAACAAAUUCUUAGGAUUUUA